AUGUUCAUGGGCGGUAGCGAUCACUACGCAGAGGAACCGCCAGCCCGAUUGCCCGAAAUGGACGUAAAACCCACUGACGAAGGUGUGCUUUGGGGUGCUUUAGGGGUACUGACGCGGCUGGUGUGGAUAUUUGGUAUAUGUCCCAUACGUCGAUCACCAAAAGUAGGGGUGUCAAAAUGGCAAAGUUUUUACGGACGAUACGUUCUACUUACGAUUUUGAGGGCAUUUCUAAAAGACUCAGCGGCUGCGUUCGCCUUUCUUAUGAUCUCCACGUACAUGUUGUUUUUGGCUAUACUAUUUGUCGUUCGAAUACGAGUAGCGCUGGUUGCAAUCAUUGAAGAAUUAAAAACUCUGCUUCUCUAUUCAGACGCAGAACAUAAAGCAGAAGCAGAUAAUAAAAAAAUAAUAUUACACAACAAUUUUGUUUCCACAGAAUAUAGAGAUAUGAUCGAUGGCUCUGGCCGUCAACUAGAAGGCAACAAGAUAGAAGUCUCUCGGAAGAUCCGUAACUUAGCGCUCUCAUACUCAUCCGUGUGUGAGGUGAUAGAGAUAGUGAAUGAUACAACCUGGCAUAUAUUAUCCUUGUGGAUAGUAAGCGGCAUAUUGGGUCUCAUGACGGCCGCUGUGAUUAUUGGUGAUUUGUCCGUCAAUGCAGAAGCACUUGCGCCAACUGUAAUACAAUUGAUAUGGUGUGCGAACGUUGUGGCUAAAUUUAUCAUUCUAAGCGAACCUUGCCACUCGACGCAUGAAGCGAUUACUCUCACGCGAAUCCAUUUAAUAAAGUUACAAAAGAAAUAUAGAUAUGAUGAUGGAACAACGAAUGAAUUGAAAAUUUUCUUUUUGCUAACGGUUAUGAAUAAACCAAAAAUAUCUCCUUUGAAGAGUUAUACUAUAGACCGAUUGUUAGCAGUUAAGAUAAUAGGCUGUGCAAUAACUUACUUUAUGGCGGUGAUACAGCUAAGACUGAAAACAUCACAACUGAAUUAUAAUUUGAAGUAA